AUACCAUAGUAUUCGAUAAUUACAGAAGCGGUGCUAUAUUUGCUGGUGAUCAAAUUGUUGCUGUCAAUGAUAUUAGGGUAGCGGGUACUAGAAUGGCAGCCAGUGAUGUUUAUAAGCUUUUGAGAGCGUGUGGUGGAGCACGUGCAAUGCUUAGGUUGGAAAUAAUACCAGUAUUCAAUUCAGAAAUGAUUCAUGCUGACUACUGUUCAUCGUAUGACUUGCGUCCGUACAAUAUGUGUUCCAUGUAUGAAGACCCGUCGGUAUGGGAACCUACAGAUUCACAUAAUGUGGUGCGAACAGACCACACGAUAUUAACUCUAGUGGCAGACGAAAACUGUAGAUUCGGUGUGGAGGUACGUUCGAACAAUUCUGUACUCGUUGUGUGCUCUAUCGAACCCGGAGGACCUGCUGAUCGCACCGGAUGUCUGCAAGUGGGUGAUCGAAUUUUAUCAGUGAACGGUUGCAAGAGUGCCAGUUUUGUAGCAUUAUCUCAACAACCUCUACACGAAUUUUUGGGACCCGAAGUAAAAAACGCUUGUGUCAAAAUAGAGUUUGACAUUAUUGACUUUGUCGUGCCCACAUCUGGCGAAUUUACCAUAAAACUGAUUAAGAGUGACAAUAGGAACUUAGGAAUCACCAUUACAGGUUAGUUUAUUGUUCAGGUAUUUGGUGGAAUA